GAGGUCAUCCUCCCGUCCCCUUCUAGAACUCCCCAGAUGGGAAAAUGUGAACCACUCAGGGAGCCCCAUGGCUCGCUUUACAAACUGUCUUCUGAAAAAUAUCUUUAUCAGGAGUCAGUUUGACAGCGCCAAGAGGAGACAGUGCCUCCAGUACCUCAAUGCUCUGAGAUCGCUGCAAUACAACGGAUACAAGACUGUGUACUUUGGGGAAACCGAGAUCCCAGAAACUCUCGUCACUGGGGAAGACAUUAGCGAUAGCCAUUACAUACACACACCAUCCUGGUGCAUUCUACAUGCCGGAGGCAGUCAAGGAUGGGUGCCUUGGAAGUACCGCAUGUUCCUAAGAGAUGACCUGUGCAUCAAGCAGGAAGACAGCCUAUUCUUUGAGUUCUGUGAUGUUGUGAAGAGGGCCUAUGGCAAGUGUGCCAUUGUGGUCAAAGGGAGAAAGCAGCAAGAUGAGAUGAAGCUAAAGACAGACAAGGAGGGGGAGGCCCAGGCCUAUGUUCCAACAAGCAUUAAUUUAACAAGAAUUGUGUGCUCCCCGGCAGUGGCCAAGUCCUAUGGCCAUGAACUAAUUUCUCUGCCUCCCCUCUAUAAUUAUCUGAACCCCUUGGACUCAGCCUGGUCUUCCGUGAAAUGGUUUAUCAUAAACAACCGGAAGGAGUUUUGUCUGCAGUCUAUUGACAACGUUUACACUUACCGAUACAUACUCUUCAGUGACUUAAUAAGCAAAGGGAUUGAAAAGGUUAACCUGAGCAAGUGGAAGGCCAUAACCAACAAGGUCCUGAAGCCACGUGAACCGGACCAGCUCCAGAAUCCUUCCAUACCUAAAGCCACAAGCAAGCUCUCAUAAAGAGGCGGGUCUCUACCACCAGGGCAGGAGAAAGCCUGACUCACCUUGACCAUGAACAUAUUUCUGGCAGUAGAGUGGGCUCCCCAUAAGUCGUGCCUGAACACACCUAUUUCUACACCGGGGAGCUUGGCACCGAUCCUGGAAUCGACUCGAUGAAGCCACAGUGAGAGACAGCACUAUGAAGGCUCGGCACACAGAAGUCCUGACGAACCAGUUGUUGAACAUCUGUGUUUCCCUCCAAGGAACGUGAGCUCAGCCAGGGCUCUGUGGUCUCUGAAACACAUCAUGUAGACCUCUGCCUCCUAAAUCAGAGUGUGAAGGUAUUUACUCUGUUUUUUCCCCUAAGGUCACCAUGAGGGACAAAUGUCAUCACAUGAGUGCAUGACGUGAGGCUGCCAGCCACCACCUCCAGUCUGACCUGUGAAGACAGAGGUGUUCUCUGGCCUGGGCAGCUUGUUUCUCUUACCAUUUCCCUCUCUUCCUUUGUACAUCUCAGGCUUUGCCAGCUUAGCCAGGAAGGCAGAUCAGGGAUGCAUGUGUGGGAGAUUAACAGGGGGCUGCCUGAGGGACGCUGGGGAUUUCUCAUGGGGGGAACAUGGACACCCAGGGAUGGCUAAUGUUGUUUUCUCACUGCACCCAGCUGCUAACUCUGGCUGUGGGCUGCACCAUCCUGUCUGCCUACCAACUUCUAGCCACUGCUUCCAAAACUACUAUUUAAAAUACAGCUCCUGAUCCCCAGGGUUCAUUUACCAAUGGCACCAAUGGGUGAUUGAUCAUCUCCCUCUAGUGGCCGAAGAGUGCAUUUGCACAGUAAAAGAAGACAACUCCAUCCUGGUCUCAGGAAAGCACUGGGUUGAGCCCAGCCCCUGGGUCUUCUAUGGAGUGAUCCAAGGAGAUAACCAUGAGUUAGUUCUGCUUUAAAUCCCACCGCCCAGGAGGCUGUGCUUCACAUAAACACCUGCAGGUCAGGGGCUCCCUUGUUAAGGUCAAUGGAUCUCUCUGUCUUGACUAUAGGAGGAAUGUGAAUGGGCAUGGUGGGAGGUGGUGGUGUCCAGGGCCCUGUGUCUGAGGUCAGGCAUGCUCAGAGCUGGCUGUGUCCUAACUCUACAGAGUAGCAGACAGAAGUUUGAGAAGGGGUGGGGCCACCGGCAGGAGACAUGAGACUUGCCUACAGUCCAGGGUCAGGUGUGAGCUCCAUCUGGGCAGAGCCAGAGAAUCCAAAGCCUUGGACUCUGCUCAUCUAUCCCCCAAGCCAGCCCCAGGCCAGCCCCAGGCCAGCCCCAGGCCAGAGUGGGCCCAUCAGAGAGGAAGUGGCUGCUAGCUUCCAGGCAAAGGCUGGAGCAUCCUCCUUGUGGGGCGGGGAAUUUCAGGGAACACAGCCUUUCACCUGUUUUGACAUCUGCCCUCUGUGAGGUGAGGGCCAUUCUGUACAUGGAUCUCUGACGCUAUGUGAAUCUUCCCCUGGUUUCCACACAAUGGUUAGGGCCAUCCAGUAAUCACAGUAAAACUUUAAUAUAUGCA